AUGAUGCGACGUGUCUUCACAUGUGGCAUGACUGCCACUCCGCCACACUCUCUCAUCCGUUCAUACACAGACGCCAAAACAAUUCGUCGACCCAAUCAACUCGAUCAAUUGGUGGAUGCACAGAAUGAGGAGUAUAUUGAUGGUUUACUUAAACAAUAUGAAAAGGAUCCCGCAUUAGUGGAACCAAGUUGGAUUCCAGUCCUUGAAAAUAUUAAAAAUGGUUCACUGGAAAAACCAUUGGUUUCCUCAUUUCAUCGACCCACCUCAUCACGUACUUUGACAGAACGAGAACGAAUGCAAAAUAUGAGUCUUUCUUGGAUGAUUCGAGCCUAUGAAAGGAAUGGGCAUUAUAUUGCCGCAUUAAACCCAUUACCGUAUCCACAAGAAAGACAUAAAAAUGUUCUUGAUCCUUCCGCUUUGGAUCCUGAAAGAUUUGGAUUUACAAGAGAAGAUAUGGAUCGAGUAUUUAAUGUCUCAUUUGGUUGUAACUUUGAGGCAACCUUUAUCAGUGGAGGAACUGCACGAAAAUUAAAAGAUAUUGUUGAGCAACUUCGCCGUAUGUACUGUGGAACCAUUGGAUUUGAAUUUAUGUCGUGUGGAUACUUUGAUCUUCGUAAUUGGUUUCGUCAGGAAAUUUUAAAUACACUUACACCACUGGACCCUCAGGAUCGUCUCACUAUAUUUGAUGAUGUUGUACGUAGUUGUGGUUUUGAAAAUUUUUUACAUAUUAAGUAUGGAACUCAACAACGUUUUGGUCUUGAUGGAGGAGAAGCACUUAUUCCAGGAAUGAGAGCUGCAAUAGAGGUGGCAAGUGAUAAUGGUGUUUCUUCUUGUAUUCUUGGAAUGGCCCACCGAGGAAGAUUGAAUGUCUUAUCUAAUAUUCUUCAGAAAUCUACAGUGAAUAUAUUAAGUGAAUUUGAAGGUAAAGCUCCAAGAGAAAAUUCAAGUCAGAUAGGUGAUGUUAAAUAUCAUUUGGGACAUCGCAAAACAGUUCCAUUAAAAAAUGGUAAUUUCAUUGAUCUUGAACUUUUACCAAAUCCAUCUCAUCUGGAGGCGGUAAAUCCUCUUGUGCUUGGAAAAGCCUUUGCACGACAAGUAUAUGAAGGUAAUGUGGAUUGUGCCAAAACAUUACCAAUUCUUAUUCAUGGUGAUGCAGCUUUUAUGGGACAGGGAUCUUGUUAUGAAACGAUGGGAUUCUGUGAUUUGGAAAACUUUCAUGUUGGUGGUACUUUACAUAUAGUUGUAAAUAAUCAAAUAGGGUUUACCACAAAUCCAUGGGAAUCACGAAGCAGUAUUUACUGUAGUGAUUUAUCAAAGGUUAAUAAUGCCCCUGUAUUACAUGUAAAUGGUGAUGAUGUGGAGGCAUGUGUUCGUGCAGGUCGUAUUGCUGCUAAAUUCCGUCAAGAGUUUCAUCGAGAUAUUAUUAUUGAUCUUGUUUGUUAUCGCCGUAAUGGUCAUAAUGAAGCCGAUUUACCAAAUUUUACGCAACCACAAAUGUAUCAAGCUAUCAGUGCUCAUCCUACAUUAGUGGAUGUUUAUUCAAAGGUAUUGGUAAACGAAGGUCUUCUCACGAAAGAAGUGGUGGAAGCAAAGAAAAAAGAAUAUGAAGGUCAUAUGCGACAAGCUCUUGAUGCCGCACAAAGUUCACAAGAUUUUGUUAAAGUUGUUCCACGUUUUCAAUUGGAAUCAGAGAAUCAAGCGGAUACCUUUCAAGUAACAGAUGAAGAUACUAGAGCAGAAUUACCUGAAGCCGUAGAAACUGGAGUGGAUAUUGAACUUCUACGAAAAGUGGGUUUACAUAUUACAACUAUUCCAAGUGGUGUUAAAAAGGUUCACCCAGUUGUUCAACGUACAUAUGCGGCUCGUAAAAAGGCUAUUGAAUCUGAAGAAGGAGUGGAAUGGUGUUUGGCAGAAUUAUUGGCAUUUGGAACUCUCGCCUUACAUGGAGUAAGUAUCCGUCUUUCAGGUGAAGAUGUGGAACGUGGAACCUUUACACAACGACAUGCUGUAAUAACCGAUCAAGAAACAAACACUAAAUUUAUGCCAGUAGCCAAUAUUUCAAAUGAAGAAGAAUUAAUUAGUAUUAGCAAUAGUAGUCUUUCCGAGUUGGGCGUAUGUGGAUUUGAACUUGGUUAUAAUAUUGAACGUCCAUCUAAUUUAUGUAUGUGGGAAGCACAGUUUGGUGAUUUUGCCAAUGGUGCCCAAGUAAUUGUGGAUCAGUUUCUCUCCACGGCAGAGGAGAAGUGGGGAUUAAAGUCUAGUCUUGUGCUUUCACUUCCUCAUGGUUAUUCCGGUGCGGGUCCUGAACACAGUUCGGCGCGUAUUGAACGUUAUUUACAACUCUCCAGUGAUAUUGAUAAGGUCCCACGCAAUUUCCGAACAGCCCCUGCAGCCCGUUUGUUAGAGGCUCGUAUUCAAGAAUUUAAUUGGCAGGUUUGUUAUCCAAGUACACCAGCAAAUUAUUUCCACAUGUUGCGUCGACAAGUUGUACGUGAAGAUUAUAAACCACUUGUCUUUUUCUUUUCUAAAGCCCGACUUCGUGCCCCUAAUGUUUCUUCUCUCGCAGAAAUGGCUAAAGGAACUCAAUUUUUGCCUGUAAUUGAUACAGCGGUGAGGGAGGAUAUUGUGGCACGAAAGGUACUUUUCUGUACAGGACAAAUUGAGAGUAUUGUGGAUGAUCACCGUAAAAAGAAAAGUGAAGAAACAUCGAAAUCAUACGAUGAUGUGGUGAUUGUAAAAGUGGAACAAUUAUCUCCAUUUCCAUGGGAACAAGUGGCGGAGGUGAUGGAAAAAUAUCAUUCGCGUAAUCCAAAUGUGGAGUUUGUGUGGUUGCAGGAGGAACCAAAGAAUAUGGGCUCAUGGGCGUAUAUGCGUCCACGCUUUCAACACCUCGCCCGGCAUCUCGGCCUCACACAAAAACAGGGAACUUUCUUAAAAUACAUUGGACGACCAACAGUGGCAUCACCGUCAACGGGAUAUGCAUCGGUUCACGUGGAAGAAGAAAAUGAAGUGGUGGCACAAGCAUUGGCGUAG